UCGUCUUGAAACUCCAUAUCUAAGGAACCCCUUGAACACGAAAGAAUGGCUGGGGGAGACGCACGCACUAAAAAGGAAAACUAUUUCACCAAACUCAAUGAGUUGUUGACCGACUACUCUACUGUCUUCAUUGUCAAUGUUGACAAUGUCGGCUCCAACCAGAUGCAUCAGAUCCGUAAAUCCCUCCGUGGAAAGGCUGUUGUUCUUAUGGGAAAGAACACUAUGGUUCGUCGUGCUCUGCGCAACGCUCUUCCCGAGAACCCUCAGUUUGAAAAGCUUCUUGCUCUUGUUCGUGGCAACAUUGGCUUUGUCUUCACCAAGAACGAUCUCAAGGAUAUUCGUGAUGACAUUCUCUCCAACCGUGUUCAAGCUCCCGCCAAGGCUGGAGCUGUUGCUCCCGUUAAUGUCACCGUGCCUGCUGGUAACACUGGUAUGGAACCCGGAAAAACCUCGUUCUUCCAGGCUAUUGGUAUUGCCACAAAGAUUGCUCGUGGUACUAUUGAAAUCAUCAGCGAUGUCGAGAUCAUUACUGCUGGCAACAGAGUUGGUGCUUCCGAGGCUCAGUUGCUCAACAUGUUGAACAUUUCUCCCUUCACCUACGGUCUUACCAUUACAUCCAUCUACGAAAAUGGCACCGUCUUUGACGCCUCUAUUCUUGACAUUACCGAUGACGUGCUUAUCGGUCAUUUGCUCACUGGUAUUACCACCGUCACUGCUCUUUCUCUCGGUCUUGGUUUCCCCACUGUUGCAUCUGUUCCCCAUCUGCUUGUCAAUGGCUACAAGAAUGUUCUUUCUGUCGGUGUUGCUCUUGAAGAGUACACCUUUGAUGCUGCCGACAAAAUCAAAUCGAUCCUUGCUGAUCCAUCUCGCUUUGCUGCCGCUGCACCUGUCGCUGCUGCUGCUACCUCUGCACCUGCCGCAAGCGGUGGUGCUGCUGCUGCCGCCAAGGAAGAGUCUGAGGAAUCCGAUGGUGACAUGGGUUUCGGUCUCUUUGAUUAAGCUAGUCACAAUGGAUGGAGAUUUGUGUUUCUGGAGCGAUGCAACUGACUUGGAUCGUAGAGGACUUGGUUUGGUUGGAUUUACAUUUAAUGAAAUAUUCUUCAUCUUUGGGUU